ACCAUCGCUGCGCUUCUUGUUCUCCAGCUUCCUUCGCCAGCUGCCGCUUUCAUCGUGAUGGCGAAUGCUCUCAAUCGGCCCCUUCCACUGGCCUUCUUGACCGCAGAUCGCGGUGCCACCGGUCGGACCUACGGCCUAGCGUCGGCCACUCUCCGCUAUAAAUUCCCGCGACUAUACAGCCAUCUCUAUGAGACACUCCGGCUGUCGGAUGAGGAUAUCUGGGAGCCAAUGUUCCGAUCUCUCUUCACGAACGGGCUGGACUUGGAGCGCCUGUGUCGUGUGUGGGAUUGCUGGGUGUUUGAGGGCGAUCGGAUCAUCAUCCGGGCGGGCGUCGCCGUGCUCGGCUGUCUCCAGACGCAAUUGCUGGGGUUUGGAUCGGAUGAGAAGAGCCGGGAGGAAAUCAAACACGUCGUGGGCUGGGGCCCGCAUGAUUUGGGAACCAUGAAGGACAAGACGCGUCACAGCUCUCCAACGCCGAUCGUUGGAUUCGGUGGCGGCCUGAUUGCCAACGCGGGCGUUGGCAAUUACUGGAUCUUCCAGUCUGGAGACGAGGACAGCUUUAUGAAUGAAGUGCGGGAGGCGGGCAAAGUGCAGUCGUAA